GAGGAGCUGGCAGCCACGUCACUUUCCCCGGCCGCGUGUUUACGUGGAGAUGAAGAUGGCGGCGCCGGUGUCUCCGCCACGGCAGCUGUCGUCGCUGUGAGACGGGACGGGAAAGGACAGCGAGCUGCGCGUGUCUCGGCUAAGGGGGGUGUGCCCGCUUGCCGCCGCCCAUAACGCUCUGCUCUCCACACAUAGACGCCAUGGAGGACGAGGAGCGGCUGAAGAAGCUGGAGGCUGGCAAAGCCAAGCUUGCCCAGUUUAGGCAGAGGAAAGCACAAACUGAUGGACAGAGCACGUCAAAGAAGCAGAAAAAGAAAAGGAAAACAGCAAGCAUCAAAGAUGAAGAGUCAGUACAAGAUGGGAUCGAUAGAUCUCGAGGUGAUGAAACAUCUACGUGCAGCAGCCGAAGAGGAGCAGCUGCAACUGCUGAUUUUCCUGUUACAAGAACUUUGCAUAGUGGAGAAAUUAUCAAACACAUCCAGGCUUACACCAAUGAGCCGGAAAUUGAAAUUUCCACUGCAGUAGAAGAUUACAGUUCUGAGGUAAAUGGUUGCAGUUUUGUGACAAGAACAGCUAUACCUACAGACUUGAUCAGGGAAGAAGAAUUUGGAGUUGGAGAGAUUUGUUCAGAACAUGGAAUGCAACACUCUCUGAUGCAGCUAGAGGUGAUGGAGAAUGAAUUGGCUGGGAAACAACAAGAGAUUGAAGAGCUAAACAGAGAGCUAGAAGAAAUGAGGGCAGCAUAUGGUACAGAAGGAUUGCAACAGCUGCAAGAAUUUGAAGCUGCUAUAAAAAAAAGAGAUGAUAUCAUCACACAGCUUACCACUAACCUACAGCAGGCACGGAAGGAAAAGGAUGAAACUAUGAGGGAGUUUUUAGAGCUAACAGAACAAAGCCAAAAACUGCAAAUCCAGUUUCAGCAUUUACAGGCAAGUGAAGCCCUAAGGAACACCAGCCACAGUUGCACAGCUGCUGAUUUAUUGCAAGCCAAGCAACAGAUACUUUCUCAUCAGCAACAGCUGGAAGAUCAAGAAUGUCUACUGAAGAAUUACCAAAAGAAAAAUGAAGAAUUUGAAGUUCAGAUAACCCAUCUUCAAGGCAUGAUCAAAACAUAUGAACUGGAAAAGCAAAGAAAUGAGGAAGAAGAUAUGAAUAAACGACAAGAAAAAGAGGCAUUAGUUGAAGAGCUGGAAGCAAAACUUAAAGAAGAAGAAAAAAAAUCGUUUCAGCUUAAGGAAAAAUUAUCAGAUGUCAGUAAAUUGCAUGAAGAAUUGAAAGAACAAAUUUCACUGAAGAACCUGGAGAUAAGUAAUAUGAGAAUUGAACUUACCACCUACAAACAGAAAGAAAGACAAUGUUCUGAUGAAAUAAAACAAUUAAUGGGAACUGUGGAAGAACUACAGAAACGAUGUUAUAAAGACAGCCAGUCUGAAGCUGACAUUGUGCAAAGAAUGGAAUUAGAAACACAAAGGAGACUGGCACAACUUCAGGCUGAAUUAGACGAAAUGCAUGGCCAGCAGAUUGUACAAAUGAAGCAAGAAUUAAUUAAGCAGCAUGCAAUGGAAAUUGAACAACGUCUUGCGCAACAAAAAGUAGAAUUAGAGAAAACUUCAAGUCUAUGUUUGAGUGAUAAUGUUAAUAAAGAUCAAAUGCAUUUAAUGAAUAUUAAAAUUAAUGAGCUGAAUGUGAAAUUGCAAGAUGCUGAUAACGAAAGGGAAAAAAUAAAGCAAGAGCUGUCACAACAGAUGGAAGUAAUUUCAGCAGAGAAGUCUCUUCAACAAACUAAAAUUGAAGAUCUUCUCCAAGAACUGAAUUUUUCAAGGGAGCAGGUUCAAAGAGCCAAACAAACUAUAAUGGAUAUGGAAUGUAGGUUGAAUGAAGCUGAAAAAUAUCAGUUUGUGAUUGAAGAUCUAGAAACUCAGCUGGCUUCUGCCUCAGAAUUUAGGAAGGAAUUGGAACUAAAACAUGAGGCAGAAGUCACAAAUUACAAAAUAAAACUUGAAAUGCUAGAAAGAGAGAAGGAUGCAGUUUUGGACAGGAUGGCAGAAUCUCAAGAAGCAGAAUUAGAGAGGCUGAGGACAAAGCUUUUGUUUAGUCAUGAAGAGGAGCUUUCCAGACUUAAAGAAGACUUACAAAAAGAGCACAUGGUGAACAUGGAAAGCCUUAGAGAUAACUUGAAUAUGCACCAUAAGCAGCAGUUGGAUGGAGUGAAAAAAGAAAUGAGUCAAAAGAUAGAAGCCAUGCGGCUUGAAAAGGACAAUUUAAUCACAAAGCAAAACCAGUUGAUAUUAGAGAUUUCAAAGCUUAAAGAUUUACAGCAGUCUAUUGUAAAUUCUAAAUCUGAAGAAAUGACACUUCAGAUCCAUGAACUGCAGAAAGAAAUUGAAAUGCUUAGGCAAGAAGAAAAGGAAAAAGGUAGUCUUGAACAAGAAAUUCAAGAGCUGCAGCUUAAAACUGAAAUGAUGCAGAAACAAAUGAGGGAGACAGAAGAUAGCCUUCAAAACAAAUGUAGUGAACUUGAAACACAGAAUAAUCUUCUUCAAGGGGAAAACAAAAGUCUUGAAGAGAAAUUAAAAAGCAUGUUGGUAAUCUCUGAAGAAAAUGCCAUUUUGAAUGACAGUGUGAGUUCUAACUCAGAAAAUUUGGAUGUGCAAAAAAGAAUAGAAAACCUGAUUACUGAAAAUGAGCAACUUAAGAGACAAAAUAUUCAACUCCAAGAAGAUAAUGAAAGGCAGAAGAGUGCAUUUUUGUCUACUGAGAAAGAACUUGAAGCUAAUUACAAAGGGUUGCAGAAAGAAUGUGAAAGUCUUCUGAAGGCAAAGAAUGUGUUAGAAGAGAACAUGAAUAAGCUGGAAGCUGAAUAUAAAAUCAAACUUAAAGCUUUGAGUGAAGAACUUCACCAUCUGCAAAGCAAUAGACCAGUUUUAUUUAAAAGUAGAACUUCCAGUUUUGAGGAGAGAAACGAAAAAAGGGUGUUUAGGGCAGACACUCCUGAAGCUGGAGAAGUUGUUGAGAAAGAUGCAACAGAACUUAUGGAAAAGCUUGAAGUUACCCAGCGUGAGAAACUGGAAUUAUCCCGGAGACUUUCCGAUCUUUCCGAACAACUGAAGUCAAAGCAUAGUGAAGUUUGUCAUUUAAGUGAAGAGGUUAAAUCCUUAAAAGAUGAGAAAGACAAAGUUCUAGCAAAAUGCAAAGAACUAGAAUGUAUAAUUAGCCAUGCUAAGAGAGAAAAUAUUACUAAUACUGAACCUAAGACAAAAUGCUUUAAAGGAAAAGGUCAAGAGAUUGCUACUCCAGCAUAUGAAAGUAGAAAUAAAACAUCUGCUCCAAGCAAUGAAGUUGGUGAAGGAAUAAAUGUAAGAGAAAACUGGGGCUCAGGUAAAGCUAUCAGUCAUCAGAUUACAGAAGUACAGGAAGUCCAGCAAAUGUUGAAACCAGAACAGCCAGCUUUUGUAGAACAUUUGCAUGAAAUGACAGACGGGCUGACAGAUGAAACAUCAUUAAUAGCCAUUACACAGACAGAAAAUAAUAAUCUUCAGCAGCAAGUGAAUACCUUAAAAUCAGAACAGGCUGAUUUACAGCUACAGAUGGAAGCACAGCGCAUUUGCCUUUCCCUGGUUUAUUCAGCUCAUGUAGACCAGGUCCGUGAGCACCUGAAAGCAGAAAAAGAGAGUGAACUUUGCAGUCUUAAAGAGGAGCUUGUAUGUAGUCAUUUACAAGAGAUGAAUGAUCUUAAAAAAGUUCAUCAAAUGGAGCUCCAGACCAUGAAAAUUCAACCAGCAGAUGAUGAACUCUCAUCUUCUCAGAGACUUAUAGAAAAGCUGAAUGAAGCUAUAACUGAGGAAUGUUCUAGGCUCACGCAGAUUUUCUGUGAUAGUUGGAACAAAAACUCUUCAACUGUGAUAGAAGCUGGUGAUAGGGAACAGGAUAUUUUCAAUAGACCUGCUGCUGAGAAGGAAAACCUUGGUAUGGAAUUAACAAGACACAGUGGUCAAAUUCAAGCUAUGCAAGAACAUAUGGAAGCACUUCUGCAUAAAAUACUGGAAGAAUACAGUAGGCUAAGAAAACUUCAAACAGAGAUGAUGAAGGAUUGUAAACAGGUCAAAGAACCAUGUCUGUCAUCUUCAGAACCUGAAAGAAGAAAAGAAGAGGAACCUAACAGUCUGGAAACAAGAAAGGAAUCCUUGCAGGCCUCUUCACAGAGUCUUAUGGAUCCUAAAAUUCAUGAGCACUGUUGGAAGGAGAUGGAGAAUGUUAAAACACAACUUGAAGAGCAACACGCUCAAGAGGUGGAGCACCUCAAAUCUUAUUUCCAGCAGCAACUGAAAGAAAGUGAAGAGAGGUACACAGCAGAGAUUGUACAUUUACAGGAUAAGCUUCGGAGUGAUGAGGUAUCCUCUGACUACACAAGUAUAUCGCCAGAGUCACAAAUAAAGCUAAAAGAGUCCUCCAAGAAAGUGAAGUGCACUCAAAAUCCUCAUCAGCAGAGGGAAGAUUCAGCACUGGAGCUUGCUAAUGAAAUUGAAAUGAAAAAUGAUCUGGAUGUUGUACAAUUGCUAGAAAAACAGUACCAGGAAAGAUUAGAAGAAGAAAUAGCAAAGGUAAUUGUGUCAAUGAGUGUAGCAUUUGCCAAACAGAGUGAAUUAUCAAGAAUUGCUAAGCAGAAGAAAGAAGAAACACAAGCACAAAUUGUGCAUCAACAGGGAACGCAUUUUGAAAUGAAAAGGGAAUGUAGCAUAGAAGAGGUUGAUGGCCCUCUCAAGAAAGCAACAGAAAAGUGCAAACAUGAAGAACUGAAAUCACUUUGCAAGGAACUCAGUGAAGAGUCUGGUGAGAUGGACUUGCUUGGAGAACAGCUUUGUUCUAACACCAAGUCUGAUUAUGUGUUAGGACAGACCACACAUGAAUCAGUGACUGCUGAAGGGCUUUUCUCCCAUGUCCAAGGGCAUACAGCAGAAGAAACAUUGUGCAACAAUGUGAUGGCAGCAUCAGACAUGGAAACAUCAAGUCAGCUGUUGAUAUAUGAGGAACGCUUGGAAGAUAUGCGUCAGGAACUGGUUCGGCAGUAUCAGGAACAUCAGCAGGCAACAGAAUUACUGAGACAAGGGCAUAUGCAGCAGAUGGAACGUCAGAAAGAAAAUCAAGAGCAACUUCUAGCAGAGCUUGAGAGUCUUAAAGUGCAAUUAGCCGAGGUAAUGUGGUACCUGACACAAUGAACUAACAGUGGUUUA